ACCAGCCUUAAAUCGAAAGAAAGAUCAACAAACCCCCCAAACAUGGCUGUUUUUAAAAAUAAACAAAUCUGUUUUUAGUUUACCCAACUCAAGCGGAUAUGACAUGGUCAAUUAAAGACAAAUAAGUUGGAAUUAUGUGUUCAAAGUAUAUCCAAGAUAUAAAAGUACUUGGAUUAGAAAAAAUCAGAAAAGACAUAGCCGGGAAGAGAUAUGAGUUUGUUCUGCGUGUAACAUGGAGUAAUAAUGCAGAAGCCACAAUAUACAGACCACACAGCAUGUUUUUUGAUUUUCAGGGAGUACUUACAGAAAUGUUUAAAAAUGAGAAAAUCCCAAGUGCUCCUGUUGUCAAGUUCCAUUGGGCACUUCUUGGUAAACUAGGACAUGAAAAAGAAUGCAAGAGCAUGGAGGAAUUUUGCUUGAAAAUAAUUCGGCUGCCACCUGUUGUUUCAUCAGCAUCAAUCGUACUUCAUUUUUUCGAAACCUGGGGAACUGAUUUAAGAACCAAUCAAAAAUCAUCGGAGCUAUUCGACCCAGUUGUUGGCAGGCCCAGCAUACAAUCUUCACAAGAAAGAGGAAGGACUAACCAGAUUUCAGAUGAAAAAGAAGAUCAAUAUCAGAUUGUUGCUGACUAUCAAGCAACAAAUGUUGGUGAAAUUUCAUUAAUUGAAGGAAAACAAGUCACAAUAAUAGAAAAAAAUGAAAGAGGUUGGUGGUUCAUAGCUGAUGAUACUGGAAAGCAAGGUUGGGCACCUGCUACGUACUUAGAACCGAUUGUAGCAAGCAGUGAUGAUUUGGGCUACGAUUGGGUGUCGGUCAGGGAUUCUAAUGGAAAAGGCGAACAGUAUGUUGCAAUGAUCUCAUAUGAUGCACAAAAUAAUGACGAACUAUCUUACAAAGCUCAAGAACAAAUAGAAGUUUUGGAGAAAAGUAAUUAUGGUUGGUGGAGAGUACGGAUAAAUGAUAAAAUUGGUAUUACACCAGCAACAAACCUUCAAAGAGUUGAUGACACUUGUAUUUAUCAAAGUGCAGAUGAACUUAAAACAAGGGCUGUUUCCAUAUCUAGUGCAAGUGGAUUGUAUGCUGUUAUUAGAAAACCACCACCACGAAGAGAAUCAGUGAGAAGUCGUUCAUCUUCUGGUAUUUCUCAAUUACAAUCACCAGCUGGUUCGUUAAAGAAUUCUACAAAUGGUUUAACAGGAAAGAAACCUUCAAGAUUUGUGUACAGUGCAGCAUCAUUUGCGGGUGGGAAAUUUGUUAUUGGAGACGAUGAAAAAGUGAACAGUCAAGAACAAGAUUCGAAAGAACUAUCAAAUACUGAUGAGUCAGCACAAAAUGGUGACAUGUAUGUCAAUGUUAAUUCUGAAUCGUUGAAGAAAAAUAAUUCCCUCACACCGAUGAAAUCUGUUCGCAGCAAGUCAACAGAAGAUGCACUGCUUUCGAUCCAUUUAAAUCAAUUUCAACCCAACAUGCACCCAUCAUAUGCUAAUCGAAGAUUUAGUAAACCUGGUGAAGGGAACGAAGUUGAAUUUUAUUCCGCUUUGUUGGAUUACAUACCGACCGGUAAAAAGAAAGAAGAUAUAGCCCUACAAAAGGGAGACAUAGUACAACUCAUCUCUACUGAUUCUGGCUGGAUGUUUGUCGUACGGAUGAACGGUGAAGGUGAAAGGAAAGGCUGGGUACCUGAAAACUAUUUGGAACGUAGAUAUGAUAUCGACUUAGAGGCGUUGUCAUCUAAAGGGAGUGAUCCAAGACCCAAACCACGCCCAAGACCAGCACCUAGACCCAAAAAUAAACUACUAGACCAAAACCAGCCUGCUCGAGGGCCACCGGCUCCACCUAGGCGUGUUUCGUUAGCUGAAACCAUGGAGGGAAGGCCCUUACCACCCAUUAGUCACUCACCCGACUCUCGCAGUAAUGUAGCAAAGAAAAUGGCCAACAGACCACCUCUACCUGCUCCGCUGCUAGAUGAUAUUAAACAUAUACGAAAAUAUGAAGAAGAUACACAGGAAGAAGAUUUUUACGAUGAACCGGAAACGCAAUUACGAUCAGUGUACGAUUGCGAACCAUGGUAUUUUGGAAAGAUGUCACGUGCCGAUGCUGAGCGAGUUCUCGGAACAUAUGGUCGACAACUUGAAUUUCUCGUGCGAGACAGUCAAAGGCUGGCAGGUUCCUAUGCCUUAUCAGUGAAAUACUGCUACAGAAUCCGUCAUUUUCCUAUCAAGUUAACCAAAGACCAAGGUUAUUUAAUUGGAAACUUCACCUUUCCAAAUUUAAUUGAUAUUAUUGCCCAUUAUCAGAAACACCCGAUAUUUUUUUCCGAACAUAAAGAACCAAUCAUACUUGGUAAAUGUUUCCCGAAAGAAAACUGGCCGGGAAAGUAAUUAUUGUCGGAAGAGAUAAUUUAUCAUUAUCGUAAAACGACGAAUUGAAUAAAUCUUUGAAUGCACUAGCUAAGAUAAAUUUACCGCCGCUGGUUAGACGUCAAAGCAUCGCGCGUGUGAUUUAAUUUAAUAGAAGGUCAACAUACGUUUUUCUAAGCAUCAUCUACCCAAGGUUGUGUGAUGUUUCGUAUCCUUUUGUUUUUUUUAUAUAUUUUACGUUAUUCUUCAUAGCUUUUACUUUCGGAACGUGUACAAAUUUUAACAGUGAAUUUUGUACUUACUACGUGAAAGCUAUCGAUGCUUCGUAUUGCGUGUAGAGACAUGUAUCGCUUUUUUGUAUAUCACUAUUUUACAUGGAGUAAAAGCGUUUUUUGUUACUUUGGCGAAAAAUUUCAGUUUUUUACUUGUAUUUACUGUGAAUAUAUAAAAAUUUUGAUUAGUUUUAUUAUUUCAUUUUUUUUUUUUUUUUGCUAUGAGUUACGAAAACUUUCAUUUAUAUAUUUUUGUACAUGAGUCAAACAAAAAAUUUUAUUUUUAUUGAUUAACUGCUUCAUAUUACAAAAUUGCGCCUACUACUGCUUAAAUUAUAUUUCAUGUACGCCACUAAAGUUAACUAUUUCGUAGCGACAGCUCACAACGCUUAUUCUCAUGUUUGGAAUAAUACGAAGCUGAAACAACUUAAAAUUUACGUCACCAGAUUAUGAAACCCAAUCAUUAGGCUUAGUAAAGAAUGAUGCAACUCGUUUUUCGCAAUAUCCGAUCUGUUUCUGUUUUUGGAAUAUUAUGUCCAGUAUAUUCACAGCACAUCUAUAUUUUGCUAAUUCGUCAGCCCAUGGAAACCACGGGUUCGCUUGCCGUAUAAAUCCGGUCAUUAGAUUUUUCACGUCGUACGUAUUCCGGUCAUUAUUUUAUACAGGCUUAUAUAUAUGAAACUUCAAUAACUAUAAAAGCUACACAGAUUAGUAUAAAAAGCUUUAGGAAUCCCGCCGGACUAAAUUGGGUCAAAGAAUUGCUAGAAAGUAAUCAGAGUUUUAAAAUUUUUGUCCACGUAAAGCACAUAAUUUCUGUUUUUAAUUUAUAUACAAUCCUAGAUUGAAUUUUAAAAUAUAUUGUUUCCAUUGUGGAGGUUUUUAUGGUAACCGCAAUUUUAUCCUCGAUCUAAAAAUGUUUCUGUUUUGUUAUAUUUUAAGAAAUUGAAUUAAUUUUGUAAAGUUUUUAUCGAUGCAAUUUUAAAAUAGAUAUGAUAUAUUUUUGUACAAAUACAUUAUUUUCAAUAUUAUGUUAAACUGUA